AAAUUUAAUUAAAAAAUUAGUUGGGUGCUGAAACGGAUUUUGAAAAAGUUUUCAAUGUUGCGGUGCCGAUUCAUCGAGGAUCAAUGAAAAACGACGUGUUUCGAACAAUCGGGCCUCCCGAUAAAAGGGACAAAACUUAGAGCCCAAAUAUAAGUGCUAAAGGGGCUCUGAAAAAAUAGUUAUUGUGUCAUCGAUGGUUUUGUGAAAAUGUUUUCCACCGUCACUUCCAUGGCGUUCGAGCAAAAUAGUUCGUUUUAUACCACUGCCAUUGGAAGUAGCACUCUUGAUGGAUUUUCAGUGCCCGAAGCUGAAAAUGCUACAUCCGUCCCAUAUAUGUUGCCACCAUAUAUCAGAACAACAUCAAUGGUGGUGUGCAUUAUAGUCAUGGUGUUGGGAAUAGUAGGAAAUCUUAUGGUACCGCUGGUUGUGCUACGAGGAAAAGACAUGAGAAACAGUACCAACAUCUUUUUAGUAAAUUUAAGUGUUGCUGAUCUCUGUGUCCUAUUAAUUUGCACACCUACUGUCCUCGUAGAAGUCAACUCUGGACCCCAUGUUUGGCCCCUUGGAGAAAACAUGUGCAAAGCUGUACCAUUUGUGGAAUUAACAGUAGCCCACGCCUCAGUCUUGACGAUAUUGGCCAUCAGUUUCGAACGUUACUAUGCCAUUUGUGAACCUCUAAGAGCAGGGUACGUUUGUACAAAAGCAAGAGCCACCUGCUUAUGUCUUCUGGCUUGGAUAACUGCAGCCGUUUGCACAAGUCCGAUCCUGCUCAUCACGAGGUACCAAAUGGAUUCUUACCAAGAUGGGACCUUUUUUCCAAGAUGUGCAACAGCAGCAGACUCAGCUUGGACAGAUACCUUUUUCCUGACAACCAUAAUUGUCUUCUUCAUCAUUCCUUUUGUGAUCCUUCUUGUCCUCUAUACAGUAAUCGCUCGACAUCUGAUGGCAAAUCCGGCAAUAAGUCGUGGUCCGGCUAAUAAUUUGCUCAAGCAUCGAAAACAAGUGGUCAUGAUGCUGGGAACGGUGGUUCUCUGCUUUUUCAUCUGCCUUCUUCCCUUCAGAGCAUUGACCUUCUGGAUCAUAGUCAACCCUCCACAAGCGAUUGUUCAAACCAUUAUUGCCCUCGGUUAUGAGGGUUACUACUGUGUUAUCUAUUUCUGUCGGAUGAUGCUCUACCUCAACUCGGCAAUCAAUCCAAUCCUCUAUAACCUUAUGUCCACCAAAUUUAGGGAUGGGUUUCUCAGGCUCUGUGGACUUUCUAAGACGAAGGUAAAAAGAAAAAAGGAGAGCUCUGGUCGCACUAAUACUGGUAGUACUACUGGUACCACUGGUAGCAGCAACCAGUCGGAUUACUGGAGGAGGCACAGCAGUCAUAAAAAUUGUAGCGUUAAGGUCCCCGACGUUCAACCCGAUAAGCAAAUGAAACUGCCGCUCUUGUCGGCCGUUACCGGAAGUAUUAUUGGCAAAAAACAGGAGAGUUAUGUAUGA